AUGGAAGACCUAGAGAGGCUACGUGUGUCUGGCCUCCAGGGUGGUCUCCUGCCCCCUUCUCGCGUUUUCACCCCCCUCCUAGACGUCCCCGUGGACAGCUACACCCACCACAACCCCCGCUCACGCUCUCCGAGCCCCUCACCCCCCAACUGGCUCCUCACAGAGUCCACACACACUACCAGACACCAACCCCAAACCAACCACUCUCCCCAUAGGCGAGACAAUGGUUUGUCCCGGCCCCAACACUAUGAUGAGACCUCAUUGCUGUCGGAAGAUACCACUGCGGAGCGGGGGCGGUCGCCGGUGAGGAACAAACAUAACGGAAGGGUCAGGAUGGACCAAUGGGAGAGCAGCACUGAGAGGAGGGGAGGGAUGGCCGAGGGGUACAUGGAGGUGAGAGUACACGUACCCCCCAGGAACAUUCAACCCGCCCUGGCUCAGGUGCUUGAGCCCCCCCUGCGGGACCGAAGCCCCUCGACGGGGAGGGAGAGGGGGGGACAAGGGCAGAGAGAGAAUGGGAAACAAGUGAACAGACUUUCACCAGGACGGUCGCAGAAUGGUCAUCAUGGAAAUGCAUCACCUGUACCCGUUCAGGAGUAUGAGAUCACCACGGUGACCAUCUCCAAGACGAAACAGUCUCUGGGUGAGUAGGCCUAUUAGAGAUUCGCCAACUAAUCUGUAGCCUGCUAGUACUCGACCUCACCAGUAGAGAUCAGUGCAUCACCUGCUAAUUGUUAUUACAUAACAAUGGCCCAGUCUAAAAUAACUCCUAGUAAGGCUGUUUACCCUGGGUGUCUCUAGUCUACAGCAAUGGUUGGUAAUCUAACCCUGUAUAUGCAGGAAGUAACACAUCUGAUUCAACUGUAUUUUUUGUUGUUGUUUUUUUACAUAUAUUUUUAUUGGAUUGCCUGUGCUUAGCUCUAUUCCGUUAAUUUUUAUCCUAAAAACUCCCUAGUCCUUGCAGAUGUCAAUCAUGCGCAUAACAUAAUGCAGCCACCACCGUGCUUGAAAAUAUGAAGAGUGGUACUUAGUGAUGUGUUGUGUUGGAUUUGCCCCAAACAUAACUCUUUGUAUUCAGGACAUAAAGUUAAUUUCUUUGCCACAUUUUUUGCAGUUUUACUUUAGUGCCUUAUUGCAAACAGGAUGCAUGUUUUGGAAUAUUUGUAUUCUGCACAGGCUUCCUUCUUUUCACGCUGUCAUUUAGGUUAGUAUUGUGGAGUAACUACAAUGUUGUUGAUCCAUCUUAGCCUACAAUUUCCACACCCCUGAGGAAAUAAAUUAGCAUAGUAAAAACAUCCCCAUCAAAAUCUGUCUGUUUAAGCUAGAGAUAUCGCCCUUCUGCAUCUGCGGUGAAAGGUGGCAGAGCUAGAGUGGUGUUUGUCAGACCAUGAGACGUCACGAAAAUCGGUCUUCUCACGAAAACGGUCUCAUCUGAAGUCGGUACAGCCUCUUCUGCCAACUUCUGUCUGUAGCGUCUGAACGGUUUGGGCUACAAACUAAUAUGACCCCUCUGUGGAAAGCUGAGACUCUCACCAACACAAUGGUGUUCUCCAUUUUGCUCUUGAACUGAAGGUGCCCCGUACCAGUUAAAACAAUUAAUGGAAGUAUAUAUGGAGAUAAUUUAGUGCCUAAAAUAAAAGGAUAAAUACAUGUACAAUUAAAAAAAAAGAAAAAAAAAAGUUUCCUGAUCUCUCUUAUAUCUCUCAGAUAUAGGACAGACACUUCAGAACAAACCUCUUUUAGACGUUUGUUUUUUUACUAUUUGUUGUUCCAUAUAUUUAAUCUGUUAUUCAAUGGUUUCUAUUGGCUAAUAGCAGUAAUGCCAAAUUCAUUGUUUUAUCCAAUAAUUUUUCUAAUAUAUUUUUUCUGACCUUAAGGAGUCUUAAAAUUAAAAAUCAAAUAAAUAAAUAAUCCUUGGUAUGACCAUCUUAAAACAAUUCCAUAUGUUAGCUUGGACGUCUAAAAACAUAAAUCCACUUUGACAUUAUCGGGUGUUGUGUGUAGGCCAGUGACACACAAUCGCCAUUUUAAAUUCAGGCUGUAACACAACAAAAGAAUCAAGGGUUGUGAAUACUUUCUGAAGGCACUGUAAAUACCCUAUAAAUACAUAAAUUAAGUCUUGACUGAAGACUAUGAUUAUUAGUUGAUUGGCUGGAGCAAACGCCUGCACCUACACCGGCCCUUUGUGGAUAAACUCCUCAUCUCUGCUCUACAGGUAUCAGUAUCUCAGGGGGGAUGGAGUCCAAGGUGCAGCCUGUGAUCAAGAUAGAGAAGAUCUUUCCAGGAGGAGCUGCCUCUACCAGUGACGUUCUGAAG